ACGAAUUUUUAUAUUUUUUCAUUUAUCUCGUACCAAAUGCGUUUCCAUGCUGUAACUUUCUGUCGUGUGAACGUUUUCCCUGGCUGGAGUUUUGUAACGUUUUUGGGAGAUUUUUACAAAUAACCUUUGCCCUCGACCCAGUUUUCCACUGUCAAAAGCCACGUUCAAAUUCAAGAUGGCGGAUGAUGAGAGCCUGAUUCUCAAAGAAAUGGCGGUUGACUCUAACAUGUCCAUUCCAGACACAAGACCACUCAGUAAAGAAGAGCUGUGGAGGAUAGAACAUGAGAAGCUACACGCCAAACACAAAGGACAUGAAGCCAUGCACAUGGAGAUGAUCCUUAUUUUGUUUUCUACUCUAAUAGUAGCACAGGUUCUUCUGGUAAAGUGGAAAAAGCACUACUACAAAUCAUUCCAGGCUGUGACUCUGGUUGGCAUGUGGUUAAUUCCUCUCUAUUUCAAUAUCAAGCUCAAGUUCUGGCGCAUGCUGACUGCCUGGGUGAUGUUUUCUAUUUUAACUGGCUUCAUUGUUUUUAAGUCUACGCGGAAGCCUGUUGCACCCAGUACUCCUAGACUAGUUUACAAGUGGUUUUUGUUUGUGCACAAGGCAACAUAUGGCUUGGGAAUAUUAGGAUACAUGGUUGUUUGUCUGACCAUGCUUGGUGUAAAUCUGAUGUUUGCUAUCGCACCAGAUACUGCCAUGGAGUUUGGAGUGACAGUGCUGUUUUAUGGACUUUAUUUUGGUGUACUUGGCAGAGAUUUUGCCGAAAUAUGUGCAGAUAAAAUUGCAUCAAAACUAGGUUAUACAAGCAAAGGAGGCCUUCCAAGUAGGAGCCUGGAAACCAAUAUUUGUGCUGUAUGCGGCCAACACCUUGUGUUGUCAAAUAAUGAUGAUGACGAUGAUGAUAAUGGGCCUGAGAAAACUUAUAAACUCUCCUGUGGCCAUUUAUUCCACGAGUUCUGCAUUCGUGGUUGGUGUAUAGUGGGAAAGAAGCAAACUUGUCCAUACUGCAAAGAGAAGGUGGAUCUCAAGAGGAUGUUCUGCAAUCCGUGGGAGCGCCCUCACGUCCUGUUUGGUCAGCUGUUGGACUGGAUCCGAUACCUAGUUGUAUGGCAGCCCAUUAUUAUAGUGGUAGUUCAGAUAAUAAUAUAUGUUUUAGGACUGGAGUAGUUAUAGUAAAUCCCUUAUUUAAUGAAUAUAUAUGAAAUGCUUCAGAAAAGAAAUUAGGAUAAAUGUACAGUUAGCGGCGGUCAUAUUUACUCAGAUGCCACUUGUACUAAGAGAUCACAUGACCCAUUGGAUUAUCACCCAGGACAGACUGGACAGAAUAGUUCCAGACAUGUAAGAAAUAUCAAAUUAAAAUUACUUCAAUUGUCAGAUUUUAAUUUAGGUCAGUAUCGUACCUUGACUUAUGCAUGAAAUUUUCUGCUGACUUGAGUUUUCAAAAUAUUAGUCAAGAAAGAAUUUUACAGCAAAUACAGCUGGAAGGCAAAGUUUAAUACUACAACAUGAUGGAUCAUUAAUUAGUACAAGCCAUACCGAGGCAUCCCUCUCUAUAGUCUGAAUUUCAGCGUCUGUUCUUGU